AUGAUCAACAGACUAGCACUCCAUCAUUAAUUGUUCAACCGUAGCAGAGAGAGCUACAAGGCACUAGUUGGAGUAAUCUAGGUCUGUUCUACCCCUGAUAUGGAAGCAAACUUUGCUAGGAAUAAGAAGUAUAUUGAAUAGUGUGCUGAAAGGGGUGCUAAAUUAAUAUGCCUGCCCGAAAACUUUAAUCUGAUGACAAUGACAUACGAGGAAGGAGUCAAGUCUGCUCAAAGUCUAAAUGGUGCCAUCAUCAAGAGGUACAAAAAACUUGCACUUGACAAUAGAGUCUGGCUGUCACUUGGGGGUUUUCAAGAGCUAAGUGAGAAUUUCCUCAAAAGAUACAACACUCAUGUCAUCAUUGACGAGGAAGGAAAUAUAGUCUAAACCUAUCGAAAAGUGCAUUUGUUUGAUGUAGAUUUGACUUACAGAAUUCCUGGAGGCAGUCCAAUUAAUGAAAGCAAGUACAUAUAGCCAGGAAGCAUCAUUCCUGACCCAAUUCAAUCACCAAUAGGAUAUUUGGGGCCUUCUAUUGCAGUAUGUAACCAAGGGUGCUUAGGUAUUACUAGUCUCAAAGCAAUUGAGAACUAAUGCUACGUAGUUGCAGCAGACUAAGUUGGAGUUCACCAUGAAAAAAGAUAAUCAUAUGGUCACUCAAUGGUAGUGGAUCCAUGGGGCGACAUCAUAGGUUAAAUGAGUGACAAGGAAGGCUGCUUUGUUUGUGAAAUAGACUUGGAAUACCUUGACAAAGUAAGAGGCAACAUGGCUUGUCUGACCCACAUGAGAAAAGAUGUGCUUAAGUGA